CGAUGCAUGGUUGAGUUUUCACUGUCACAAACUAUGAAUUUUCCAUUCCUUACAAAUGCGUGAAACCUGCAACAUUUUGUUUCUACAUGUAGAAAAUUGGGGGCAAAGAACAAAACAAAAAUUGACAAAACUUUGAAUUCAACACAAUUCCCCUUUUUGUGUGUCUCGUAUCAAUGGAGCAUAUAAAGGAGAAUAAUGGUCGAUAGAACCCUUUAAACUCUUAGGAAUCCCAUGGCUCUAAAGUAACCCAAAAUAGACUCAAAAAAUCAAGUAGCUGACAUGUUCUUUUCUUCCCUUAGUUCUUGCUUCAAAUAUGGUUUAAAUCUCAUAUUUCCUCCAUGAUAAGAUCUUGAAUUUUUAUGAAUAUAUCUUACUCUUUGUAGUUACAAGGUUACUAAAAAUUCAAGGUACAAAAUCAAUAGUUUGCAUGACCUCCUCUGUUUUAACUCCUCUGUUUUGCUUCAAUAGGAAUGAACUCAUUCUUGGCAUGAAAAACCCGCUUAGAAUGAGAUUUCCAUGAAAAAACCAUUCUUUUUCAAUGUUAUAAGGUCAUAUUUAAUUUUUUUUUUGGACCAAAAGAUGGAUCUUUUCUCUGGGUAUGUUUGGAUAUUCCUCUCACAGCUUGUGGAAACUCUGUUCUGGAUUUGCAGCAGAAUCUUCAUGAGAUACACCAGUCAUGAAGCUAUCAAUUCAACUUGUUCUUCAAAUCUUUGCCAUGAGAACUAUCAUGAUGACUCCAACAAUUCCGAGACAAAAAUUGAGGCUGAAGAAGAUUUUUUUAAAUAUUCCGAAGAUGAAGAGUUGAAAAGUGAAGGAUUGGAGGAAAUUACUAAUGCUAUUAAAUUUAAACAAGAGUGUAGUCAUCAAAAUGAAUCAAAUGGUUCUGAACCAGAAGCAAAGUUCAAUGAGGAUUGUUCUGAAACAGUUACUAUUACAAACUGUGCUGGAAAUCUUGGCCUUGAUGAAGAAGAAGAAAAAGAGAAACUGAGGUUGGUUUUCAAAUUCCGGUAUCAAACUUGGAAGUGUUGUGAAACUUUUGAUUCUGUGAACACUGAUAACGUUAAGGCUUCUGAAAGCACCAACAAGCAUGAGUUCCUAUCAAGUAAGAGUUUCAGCAGCUUCUUGGAUGAACCAUGCGUUUGUUCAGAAUAUUUUCCUUUGGAAAAUGAUUCUGUUGAUGAAUCAGAGAGAAAUUUUGAACCUGAAAGUUGUGAAAGAAGGUGUGUUGAUGCAGCAGUGGAGCUCAAGACUGUGCCAUCUGUAGAACAAGCUGAUGAACAUCUAGUGGAGAAUCUGAAUAACAAUGUGUUAUUUGAAAAAUUUUCAGCUGAUAACAAUUUCCUUUCUGAAGAUGAUUUCAUUUGUGAAAGCACGGAGUCAAAUUCUAUGAUCAGUUCUAUAGGAGAUGAAUUUUUGUCAGACACAGAUUUUGGAACCACUACUAAUGUUCACACUUUGGGAAACCAUGAUGAAGAAAAUGCAGUGUUAACAAAAGAAGAUUUGAACUUUGAGGGUGAGAAAAGAUCAGAGAGUUUUGAUGCUGAAGAUAGAGAUACAACAAUGGUUAGGAUAAGAAGAUUGGAAGAAGAAACUAUAAUGCAAGAUAUUGAGAACAUAAAGUUGAAAGGGAAUUGUUUUCAAGAUAGGCAUGGCAUGAACUUGUUGCAUAGUUCAACAGGUUCAGAUCUUGAGGAUUCGUACCGGUUUGAUGCACAAUGGGAACAUCAAGAUUUGAUAGAACAGCUCAAGAUAGAGCUUAACAAGGUAAGAGAUACUGGUCUGCCUACCACCUUUGAGACGCAAAGGAUAAUAAUGGAAGACUUGAAGCCAUGGGAAAUUGAUGAAAAAUUCAAGCAUGGUAGUGCCAUAAAUGAUCUUACAAAAUUCUACAAGAGCUACACAGAAAGAAUGAGGAAAUUUGAUAUCUUAAAUUACCAAAAGCUGUUUGCCAUAGGUGCCCUGAAGACCAAGGACCUUGUGCUAUCAUUUUCAAGUCGUGAGAACUCUUCCACAUUGAAGAAGUUCAUGAGGCGUAAAAAAUCUGAUUCUGACCCAUUGAAAAAGUUCGUGAGAGAAUUCUACAGUGACUUGGAAAUGGCAUAUGUGGGACAGUUGUGCCUUUCUUGGGAUUUCCUUCAGUUGGAGUAUGAGAAGGCUUUGCAGUUAUGGGAAUCUGAUCAAUGCAGGUUUCAAAGUUACAAUGAAGUAGCUGAGGAGUUCCAGCAUUUUCAAGUGCUUCUGCUAAGAUUUAUAGAGAAUGAACGUUUCCAAGGUCCACGAGUUGAAUACUAUGCCAGGAAUCGUUGUGCUAUGCAAAAUUUUCUUCAAGUUCCUGUCAUAAGAGAGGACAAAACCAAGGAAGAAGAGAAAUUCAAAACAAGAGAUGCAGAUAAAGAUGAAAUCACAAUUGACAUGCUAGUAGAGAUUUUAGAAGAAUCAAUUAAGAUAAUUUCGCGUUUCAUUAGAGCUGAUAAAGAUGCAUCUAGCUUGGCUCAUAAAGGUCCUAGAGAAACUCAAGUAAAGCUCCAAGACCCUGCAGAUUCAGAAUUUCUUAGGGAGAUUCAAGCAGAACUUCGAAAGAAGGAAAAGAGACUUAAUGAACUUUUGAAGAGAAGUAGCAUAAUGAAGAAGUUCCAAAAGCAUGAGGAAGAUGGAAGAGAUCAUUUGCUUUACUUUUUUCCUCAAGUGGACAUGAAACUGGUUUGGAGAGUGUUGAACAUGUCAAAAAUAUCUAGGGAUCAACUAGCAUGGUGUCAUAAUAAACUAAGUAACAUCAAUUUUGUAAACAGAAGUAUACAUAUAGAACCAUCUUUCUUGCUUUUUCCUUGUUAAUAGUUAUACGCUAGAUUUGUUUUUUGUACAUAUGUUACUCCACAUUUAGAAGACCAUUGUGGAUAUAGUGAAAAGUGUUUUCUCCCCUUACAACUAAGAACUUUUUGAUAUAAUCUUUACCACCUCCA